CCUAUUGGUUCUUGCCCCGCGGCGCCUCCUUCCCGCGGCUGCGCGUUGGCGCGUCCCGCUCUGCUCCAGUCCAAGAUGGCGGCGUCCGCGUCCGUCCGCGGGCUGGGGCGGCGGGUGCUGGCGUGCAGCUGGGAGCUGCCUUGCGCCUGGCGCGCCCUGCACACCUCCGCGGUCUGCGCCAAGAACCGGGCGGCGCGAGUCCGUGUGGCCAAGGGGGACAAGCCGGUGAGCUACGAGGAGGCGCACGCCCCGCACCACAUUGCGCACCGAAAGGGCUGGCUGUCGCUGCACACAGGUAACCUGGAUGGAGAAGAUCACGCUGCAGAGAGAACACUGGAAGAUGUUUUCCUUCGAAAAUUCAUGCUGGGCACCUUUCCAGGCUGUCUGGCUGACCAGAUCGUUCUGAAGCGCCGGGCCAACCAAGUGGACAUCUGUGCCCUUGUCUUGAGGCAGCUGCCAGCACACAAAUUCUACUUUCUUGUGGGCUACAGUGAGACUCUGCUGUCACACUUUUACAAGUGUCCUGUGCGACUCCACCUUCAAACUGUGCCCUCCAAGGUUGUGUACAAGUACAUAUAAAGGCGCUGUCUCCUGAUCAAGGUAGUGUACAAGUACAUAUAAAAGCGCUGUCUCCUGAUCAAGCCGGAACCUGCAAAGAUCCAGAGAGGUGAAAUAGAUCUCAGGAUGGCGGCAUCAGCUCCAAGCUGCUGUUGAAUAAAGACCCUGCUAAUGUCUUGUCCCUUUCUGUCUCUUUUAAAGAUUUUACUUUUAGUUUUAUGUGGGUUGGUGUGUCUGUGUGUUCAUGUGAGUGGAAAACAUUGGAUAUCCCAGGAGCUGGAAUCACAUGACUGAGCUGCCCAGCGUGGGUGCUGUGUUGGGGUCUACACUGGGCUGGAGACUGCCUGGAGGUCUUGAUGUUGGGAUGUAGGUGUUUUGUCCCUCAGCCAGGGUGGUGCCAGGGCCUGGGGGCCUGUAGUGUAGGAAUUGGUACUUGGCACUUCCCACCUAGUUAUGUGGUCAGAUGCUCCAUUUGCUAAUCCGUGGUGAACCUUACUGAGAGGGAGCCUGAGAUACCUGGGCUCUGGUCCUGUCAGAUAUCCUGUCUUCUGCUUCCCUGAGUGAGGGGUGUGAAGAGUUGUGUUGCUGGUAGCUCUCCUGACCCAGCUUUUGAUUCCUGUCAUCUCUGUUUUGGUCUUCAAUCUUCUCCGUGGGACUGGAACUCUGACCCAAGUGGUCUGGACCAGUGCUGAGAACUGACCUGGGUCCUCUGCAGUAGUUCUUAGCUGACGAAGGAGCCAUCUCUGUAGCUGUCUUUAGUGGGAGCGUGAGUGAGGGUCUCAGAGGCGCACAGGGUUUGCAGGGAACUUGAGGUGAUGUGAUAUACUUCAUAGACAUCCUUGUGCAGGAACUUGACCUAAAGGGCCACUUACAGAUUUCUACAGUGGGGCGAAACCUCCAAACCCUUAAAAUACCUAAAAGGCAGGCUGGAGAGAUGGCUCAGCGGUUAAGAGCAUUGCCUGCUCUUCCAAAGGUUCUGAGUUCAAUUCCCAGCAACCACAUGGUGGCCCACAACCAUCUGUAAUGAAGUCUGGUAUCCUCUUCUGGCUAACUGUAUACAUAAUAAAAAAAAAAUACCUAAAAGGCUCUAGUUUUAGAUCCUUUUUCUUUUGGGCCUUAAGGAAACUGUAAGUUCUGGCUAAGUCUACUAAAUGUUAAGUCGAAUAUUAAAUAGGUGUGCUUCCGAUAUGAGUUGAUGUCAACUAUGUCCCGGGGAAUGGGACCCCGUGCACUGACAAUAGGUGACAGUAACCUACAGGGUUAUGUACUAGCCUGAAGGCACAUUUAAUUUGUAAUUUUAUUAUUUUAAUUAACUUUUAUGUGCAUUGGUGUGAAGGUAUCAGAUCCCCUAGAACUGGAGUUACAGUUGUGAGCUGUCAUGUAGUUGCUGGGAAUUGAACCUGGGGUCCUCUGGAAGAACAUCCAAUGCUCUUAACCGCUGAGCCAUCUCUCUAGUCCCUAAUUUUUGAGACAGGAUUUCAACUCCAUAGUCCUGGCUGGCGUUGAACCAACAGGUCCUGCCUCUGCCUCACCUAGCACUGGGAUUAAAGGUGUGUGCCACCACACCUGACUCUGGGAUGCCCUUACUCCCACCGUCUAUCUCAAGCAUCAUUCCCUCCUGGAGAAGAGGAAAUGUGUUCAUUGCAUCUGACUUCAAGAUGCUGAGUAACUUAGGAUAGAAUUGCUAGAAGGGAGAUGUGAAAAGCAGGUCUUGCUGGGGUGGGAGUGAAUGAGAGCUUUCCAGCCACUCGGUCACUCAAAGCUCCAAGAAGCGCUCACAGAUCUGUACUCCAAGGGCCAAUAAAAGCUGGGGAGAUGCAGGAGUGGGAGGGAGCUUCAGGCUGUUGGAUCUUGU